CUGUUCGCUCAGGGCACAAAAAAUGUUGCGCACGCCGCCACGCGAAAUGAGCUCGCGCUCACCCAAAGCGAACUCCGCGAACACCGCGAUGACGUCAUAUUUGGCGCGCGCACCCAGGCGAACUAGCGACUGCGUCGAGUUUAACAAGCCCUUAACACAUUACGCCCAAUGGUGCGAUCCAAAAACAGACACGAGUCUGGACGUCACUCACGACACGCGGAUCUUCGGUCCUCCACAUCUUCCCGUGACAGUCUGUCUGCUGGUGUCAAUGGAGUGCAAUGUGCAGUGCAUUUACUUUCACGAUAAAAAAUCUUGUACAUCGCCGAGUGUAACGGACAGCAUAUUUGAUGGACUGACAAAUACAGUUCAGCGGAUCCACCUUUCAAGUCUGGUUUCUAUAUUUCAGAGCCCUUCAACAGCGAAUAGCUGUGUAUGUUCCUCAGAUCAGAAACAUUUGGAAUAUGAUGACGCAAGGUAUCUGAAGUUGCAAAAGUUUGAGGUUAUGAAUUACUUAAUGCAAAUUAACUCUCCACGUACAGAAUGAUGUGUUCACUUGAAAUUGUAGACCGAUGGCUAUGAAGAACUAUGUCUACUUUGUGGAUCCGUUCCAUGUCAUGCUUUGGAGACUUUGACCAUAAAAUAGCUUGAUAAACUUACCCUUUAUCCAAAAGAUAAACAGCUUUUAUUUGAAGCAAAAUGGGUCCUUUUGUGUCUCCAUUUAAUAACCUGCUAUGCAUGCUUCUGGGCAUCUCCUUCACUGUCUGGUUCAAGCUGCUCUUGGUUUUCAUCAUUGUUCCUGCCAUUUUUGGCCUGUCCCUUGGCAUCCGGACGCUCUACAUGAAGACGCUUCUUAAGGUGUUUGAGUGGGCCACAUUGAGGAUAGAAAGAGGAGCUAAGGAAAAGAAGCAUCUUUUGUACAAGACUAAUGCUAAUGGCAUCAUUGCCAAAGAACCUACCUCGCUGGAAGAAGAGCUCAAAGAGAUUCGGCAGAACGGCUGCAAUCGAAAGCUGAAGGGGCCCACCACCAUCAUAGGCCACACCCCUACCUCCUCAGAGUACGAAAUGUCAGACAUCUUUUACUUUUUCCGGCGAGGGAUUGAAAGCAUUGUAGAUGAUGAGGUCACCAAAUGUUUUACGGCGGAGGAACUUGAGUCAUGGAACCUGUUGACUAGAAGCAACUAUAACUUCCAGCACAUCAGCACAAGACUGACGGUGCUGUGGGGUCUUGGAGUUGUCAUUCGUUAUGGCUUUCUUCUGCCUCUCAGGUUAACACUAGCAGUCACAGGAGUCAGCCUGCUGGUAUUCUUUACCACCCUGAUUGGUCUUUUGCCCAAUGGCAGGCUGAAAUGUUUACUCAGUGAGAAAGUGCACCUGAUGUGUUAUCGUAUAUGUGUGAGAGCGCUGACCGCUAUCAUCAUGUACCAUCACAGUGAAAAUAAACCCAAGAAUGGAGGCAUCUGUGUCGCCAACCACACAUCACCCAUAGAUGUCAUUAUACUAGCCAGUGACGGAUGCUAUGCAAUGGUUGGUCAAAUCCACGGAGGGUUGAUGGGGAUAAUUCAAAGGUCCAUGGUAAAAGCUUGUCCACACAUCUGGUUUGAACGGUCAGAAGUCAAAGAUCGCCACCUGGUGGCUAAAAGGUUGAGCGAUCAUGUAAAAGACAAAACCAAACUGCCCAUCCUAAUUUUUCCAGAGGGUACCUGCAUUAAUAACACAUCCGUGAUGAUGUUUAAGAAAGGAAGCUUUGAAAUUGGUUCUACUGUUUACCCAGUUGCCAUAAAGUAUGACCCAAGGUUUGGCGAGGCGUUCUGGAACAGCAGUAAGUUUGGGAUGGUGAAUUAUCUGCUCCGCAUGAUGAGCAGCUGGGCGAUCGUCUGCAGCGUGUGGUACCUGCCUCCCAUGACCCGUCAGGAAGGUGAGGAUGCAGUGCAUUUCGCUAACAGAGUCAAGGCAGCCAUUGCCAGGCAGGGUGGUCUGGUGGACCUGCUGUGGGACGGUGGGUUAAAGCGAGAGAAAGUGAAAGAUACCUUCAAAGAGGAGCAACAAAAACUCUACAGCAAAAUUUUGGUUGGAGUCCACGAAGACCGCAGUCGCUCUUAAAAGGAGAAAGAUGUGUCAGGUGAGGUCCAGAGAGCACAAGCAGUUCAAGAGACCCACCGAUUUCCAUUGAAUUAAAAAGGACUUGUCAAGCGGACCCAGGCUUGGUCCAUGGAAGGUCAUGUUCUGGGGCUGCACUUCGGAAAAGACAUAUUUUUAUGUGUAACCUAGCUGAUUUCAGUCUAUAGUUGUGGCCGCAAUUCAAGUUUAGCCUGUACUCGGCAAUAGUAAAAUAUCUUUCUCAUAUUUGUUUGUUACUUUGUUUGUUUGUGUUAUAUUUUCUUUCAGUUUAACUUAUUUAUUGUAUUAUUAUUUACUUUAAAUGCGGAUGGCAGUAAGCAUUAGGGUCAAAUUAAUAAUAAGGGUUGAUAUUACCAAAGAUGGACUGCACCUGCAGCUAUAGCGCUUUUUAUUUGCAUAGACCAGGCAAAUAGUGCAGAAUUUUGUGAAUAUGUCGGUAAUGGGUCUCAUCUCCAUAGAAAGUUUGCAUGUCAGUGACUUAAUUCAGAUACGGAAAAACCCUAUUUCUUGGUUUCAGUUAAGUACUUGGAGUUAGUAAAGAAGAUGCAGGGUUUUUUAUUUUGCUGAAAUACGGCUGAAUUGUCACAGAGAUGUGUGCUUAAGUCAUAAAGCAGGAAUAUGUUCAUUUAUUAGGCAUAAGACAGGUUAUACUGGCCUUGAGAUGCCUCAGUACAAUCAACUCUUUGUAAAAUGUUUGAGGAAGGUACUACUUUAUGGUCAUAUUUGUUUCAUUCUUGUGUGGCUAUAUUAUUUGUCAUCCACGCUCCUUCGCCAUCAUUCACAUCUGAAAGUCAAAUCCUUUAAGAGUGUUUAUGAUGUUUGCCAAGUGAAAGCCGAUUGAAAUCUCUUAAAACGUUCAUGUCUUUUAGGUAUUUCAAAUUCAAAUCAGACUUUGCAAUGUUUAAACAACACUUUGCUGCGUGCAUACAUACAUACAACUAGAUCUAAAACUAUUAAAACUUUGACACUUUAUGGUUUAUAAAGAAGUGGGUUGAUAUACCUGUAUUUACCACUUCAGAAAUGAUGGUAAAUACAAACGGACCAAGCUGUUUGUAUGUAGAUGCCGUAGCAGUGUAGGAAUUUGUGCAGUUUUGAUACAAGAAAAGUAUAACAUUUUUAAUACCUGUUGCUCUUAGUAUGCUUUUAGUAUGAAACAUUAUCUACAAAUAAUUUUUAUGCAAGAACCUAAAUACACUAUAUGGCUAUUUGGGUAUCACAGGAACGCUAUGGGCUUAAGCCUCUCAUGUUGGUAGGUAUAUGUUUUAAUCCAUCAUGGCACCAGAGCAAUUCAUGCACUUAUUUCACCAAAAUGACACCAGUGUGCUAACAUCAUGUUUUAUAUUCAACCAUAUGUAAAUAAAAGA